UAUACUUAAAUUUCAAUAUGAAAAAAAUUGUGUUUUUUCGUGCUUAAAGAGGCGACCUGUUUUGCUGAACAGAAGCGAUCGGUGGAUCAGAGCCGGAAUCCGACGAUGUUGCUCGCCGUGCUUUUCGCCAAUACCGAUGGAAACAUCCUCAUCGAGCGAUUCCACGGAGUUCCUGCAGAGGAGAGGUUACAUUGGCGAUCUUUCCUUGUAAAGCUAGGAGCUGAAAAUCUCAAAGGAGCUAAAAAUGAGGAGCUUUUUGUUGCUUCUCAUAAAUCUGUAUACAUAGUUUACACCAUGCUUGGGGAUAUCUGCAUUUAUGUAGUUGGCAAAGAUGAUUAUGAUGAGCUUGCUUUGGCAGAGGUCAUCUUUGCGAUAACAUCAAGCACCAAAGAUGCAUGUGGGAAACCUCCGACCGAGCGGCUCUUCCUCGACAAGUAUGGGAGGAUAUGCCUAUCGCUUGAUGAAAUUGUUUGGCAGGGUAUGCUGGAAAAUACAGAGAAGGAGAGAAUCAAACGGUUGAUAAGGAUGAAACCUCCAGCUGAUGUGUGACUUGCUGGCUUCUGAUUCAUUUACUCAGCAUUAUCUAUAUUUCUGUAAAAGUUCACCGAUGAGCAUCAGCUUCUCACUCAAGCUUCACUGAUUUGAUCGUUCUGUGUUUAUGCAUAGUUGUUGAUAUUUCUAAAAAAAAAAAAGAGAAAAUUUUUCUUGA